AUUUAAAUGUCAUGUGACGCUCAGACAUCCGGAUGCUCAGAAACAACACUCCCAACAUAAGCAGCAGCCUUGGUGAAGUCAAUAGGAAGAGAAAGCUGCUUUGAGACGUAUGGUUUCCUCUUUAAAUUGCAGCCCUGAUGCCACCAACAUGUCGUAUGUAGCGUAACCAUACCCCCCACUCACACACACACACAACUCAACUGGGGCCUUUUCACUGAACAAAAGCAGAACACAUGCAUUUGUGUUGUGGUGUGCGAUAAUGGGAGGGAUGGAAGAGGCUCUUUUGGUGGUUUGCACCUGUUCUAUUUCAUGAGGCUCUAAUAAGAAGAUAACAGUGGCAGGAUGUGAAAACGAUGUUCACUGAGGGAUGUGCAGGCUCCGCCUUCUUCUUAUUAGACUGAAAUUAAUCAGAUCAACCUUUGAAGUCGUCACUCUACACCAACCAACAUUCAGGUGUUGCUUUAGUUUUUGCAUGAAAUUUAUGUUUUUAAAUGUCUUGCAACAUUUUACUUAUUCCAGCAGCUUCUCUCCCUGAGUGUGAUCCUGUGUCUUGUGAUGAGGGCACCACCCUGUCCUGUCCGCUCGUCCAGGUGUCGGCGUAGGUGAGUAUCAGCAGCGGUGCCCACGCCUGCGCACUGAAAGAGAAAGUCCUCCUUUGCCAUCCAUGGUGUGCUCUCAGGCACUCCAUCAGAGCCCUCCCAGCUUCGGGCUUUGCACUUUUACUUCCCCCCUUUGUGACCGUUCCCUCUUCUCAGAAGCACACUAAAAAUAAGGUUGCCACAGCAAAAGAGUGAGCAAAAAGAGGCAAGAACGCUACUACUAAACUUACAAGUGUGCAUUUCUAACACGUCUGGAAUGAACACCACAUGAGUCUGCAAUGAGAAAGUUGAUGCAAAGGAUGGUUAAAUGGUGGAGUAGCCUAAAUGUGGCAACAGGUGGAUGCAGGAUGUGAAAAUGGAGUUAAAAGCAGAAGGAGUGGCAGUUGUGUAGGGAUGUACGCUUACGUGAAGCUCAGGGGUGUAUAAAAACGUAUUAAAUACCAUAAUGGAGGACGGGGAGGCCACAGUGUUAGGACUGCGUAGAUCUAAGCCUCUUUUUUUUCUUCUUUUUUUUUUUCUUGGUUGGGAGGGAGCUUUUCUUAUUCAAAACAGCCCCACAAAAGACUUCCAGUGAGCCUUGCCACAUCCCCAUCUGACUUGGGGCCAUUCAUCAGCCUUCCAAGCCUAUCAAUGACAUGUCCCCAUCAGGGCUCCUAUAAAAUCAGCCCCUUUCCCAUGAAACAUCAGCAAACAUUUUGACGGGUCUGGCUUUCCCCCCGCUGGAUUUCUGGAGUCUCUGCUCCUUCCCCACCCCCCACCCCCACCCCAACUCCUUUCCACCCUUAUUCCCACCUCCCCCUCUCUCCUCCGCCAACACCACCCCUCUCUGGGCGAACCUCAGAUCCUCAACAUCUCCUGUGACGGGCAGUGGUCACAGAAACACAGAGCGAGACAAGGGGAGAGCCGCUGAGGAGGGGGAAACGUGCACCAAGCUAUUUUCUUGGAGGAGCCAGUGUCGUUGAUGGGAAGAGGAUGCAUUGCGGGCUGCUGGAGGAGCCUGAUAUGGAUUCCACAGAGAGCUGGAUUGAAAGGUGCCUCAAUGAGAGUGAGAGCAAGCGAUACUCGAGCCACACAUCUCUGGGAAACAUGUCUAACGAUGAACAUGAAGAAAAAGAAAAUAACAGAGCCUCAAAACCACAUUCGACACCUGCUACUCUGGAAUGGUUAGAAGAAAACUAUGAGAUAGCAGAAGGUGUGUGUAUACCCAGAAGUGCCCUCUACAUGCAUUACCUAGACUUCAGUGAGAAGCACGACACGCAGCCUGUGAACGCAGCCAGCUUCGGAAAGAUUAUAAGGCAACAAUUUCCAGCACUGACUACCAGAAGACUGGGGACAAGAGGCCAGUCCAAGUAUCACUACUAUGGCAUCGCGGUGAAGGAGACCUCUCAGUACUAUGAUGUGAUGUACUCUAAAAAGGGGGCGGCGUGGGUGAACGAGACGGGGAAGAAAGAGGUCACGAAGCAGACAGUGGCGUAUUCACCGCGCUCCAAACUGGGGACACUCCUGCCAGAGUUUCCAAAUGUCAAAGACCUAAAUUUGCCUGCCAGCCUGCCAGAAGAGAGGGUGUCAACCUUCAUCAUGAUGUACAGAACACACUGUCAGAGGAUACUGGACACUGUCAUUCGUGCUAACUUUGAUGAGGUCCAAAGCUUCCUGCUGCACUUCUGGCAGGGCAUGCCACCCCACAUGCUCCCUGUCCUUGGCUCCCCCACCGUUGUGAACAUCGUUGGAGUUUGUGACUCCAUCCUCUAUAAGGCCAUCUCUGGGGUGUUGAUGCCCACCGUCCUGCAAGCACUGCCUGACAGUUUGACUCAGGUUAUCCGGAAAUUUGCCAAACAGCUCGAUGAGUGGCUUAAAAUAGCACUUCACGACCUUCCUGAAAACCUGAGAAAUAUCAAAUUUGAAUUGUCGAGGAGAUUCUCUCAGAUUCUAAAGCGGCAAACAUCAUUAAACCAUCUAUGUCAGGCAUCACGGACUGUGAUAAACAGCGCCGACAUCACCUUUCAAAUGCUGGAGGACUGGAGGAAUGUGGACCUGAACAGCAUCACCAAGCAGACACUUUACACCAUGGAGGACUCGCAGGAGGAGCACAGGCAGCUUAUUAUCAACUUGUAUCAGGAGUUUGACCGUUUAUUAGAGGAGCAGUCUCCAAUUGAGGCGUACAUUGAGUGGCUGGACUCCAUGGUGGACCGCUGUGUAGUCAAGGUGGCAGGGAAGAGGCCUGGGUCCUUGAAGAAGGUGGCGCAACAGUUCCUGCUGAUGUGGUCAUGUUUUGGUACCAGAGUCAUACGGGAUAUGACCCUCCACAGUGCACCCAGCUUUGGCUCCUUCCACCUGAUCCAUCUCAUGUUUGAUGACUAUGUACUUUACCUGUUGGAGUCCCUGCACUGCCAGGAGAGGGCCAACGACCUCAUGAGGGCCAUGAAAGGCGAGGGCAACACAGCAGAGCGAGAGGAGGAAUUCACACUGACAGAAACCACCCCCACCUCCCCAUCUCCUGGAUCCUACUCUCCUGCCCGGUCAGUACACUCUGUGGGCAUCUCCUCGGCCAGCUCCCCCACCGCUGCUGUUUCCCCAGAGUACACCGGAGUCACCACCACCACAGGCGCUGUUCAGUCAUAUACCUGGUCCCUUACAUACACAGUGACAACAGCAGGCGGCUCCACUCCUGAGGCCGGACAGCAGCUGUCCUGUAUGAGGAGCAGCGCUCCAGUCCCUCCUCCAUCCUCCACCCACAGGAUGCCAGUGUACACCCACAGGGAGGAACACGGGUAUACUGGUAGCUAUAACUACAGCAGUUACACCAACCAGCAUCCACACUCCAUCCAGAGCCAGUAUCCAAGUCUGGCCCAUGAGCCCACUAUCCCAGCCCCCCUUCACUACUCCGCCUACCACCGCUCAUCUGCACAGUACCAGCAGAUGUCUCGAAUGGAGCCUUGCUUGAUGGGCAGCACUCCACGGUUACACCCCACACCUGUCGCCCCCCGCUGGCCAGAUGUCUCCCCUGCUAACAGCUGUUAUGCUAGCCCACCUAUGCAUUCAUCCCGCUAUGCCACCUCUGGGGACAUGUACUCUCCCUUGGGCCCUCGCAGGAACUCAGAGUACGAACACUCGCAGCAUUUUCCAGGCUUUGCCUACAUCAAUGGAGAGGCCACCACAGGGUGGGCCAAAUAGUCUUUAAAUGUUGGGUGAGACAUUCAUGUUCAAGCUCCAGGCAGGUGCAAAGUCUCCAAACACUUCCGACAAAGUGCAUCUAAACGAGGAGCAGAGAGUAAGAGGCAUCAGCCGCACUGACAAUUUGAAAGGACUUGUUACAUCAAUCACUGAUGAUUGUGGCAUAAUCAAACUUUGUUCAACAGUUGAUGGGAAAAAAAAAGAAAUCCUAAAGAUUGUCAAAAUUUGCAGCAAAAUCAUUUUAAGAGUGCAAUGCUGCUGCCAAGCUGUGCCUUUGUUUUAAGGAAUGUACAUCUCUGCCAGGGUUUCCCUCGUCAGGCUCAGCGCACACAUCACCCCGUGUGAGCAACGUGUGCGACGUGAGCUGCAGCUCAACCCAGUACAAUCCCAGUGACAACACGUUCUCCUCGUGUUGCUCAGCACUGUGCAGCAUCCUGUCCAGCUGUACUGCCUUAACCCUCUCCUGGGGAAACAAAACCAUCUACGGUGACCUCCACUGAUGUGAUAAGGUGUUUCCAUCUUGGAUUUUUUUUUUUUUUAAUGAUUGAACGCUGUGACUAAAAUAAAAACAAAAAUAUUCUGUCACAAACUUUUCUGCUCUUUUCUGUGACUAUGUAUCUAUAUAUACAUAUAGGUAUAUAUAGUAUGUAUUUUCUGUAACUUUGUAACAUGGUGUAUCCUUUAUUUUCUAUGUUAAAAUUGGUACUUUGUCUCUGUUUUGUAUGAUUAGUAAAGGAUGCAUUAACUUAGGGUUGUGUGUUUUAUGCACUCAAAGCUACUGAGGACCUAUUACCCUAUGGGUAUUUAUAAAAAGGGAAAAUAUCAAAGUGUACAGUAACAUAAAGUAUAGUCACUUUUCUGUAAAUAAAAAGCACUGGAAAGCAUCUGUGGUGACUGUUAAACUAUCACAGUUGAAACUGAUGUGUAUGUGGGAAAUAUACUGCCACAUUUAAAAACAGUCACUCUUGUCAAAUGUCUUCAUUUUUCUUCUCUUACAUUUUUCUGUCUGUGGAGAAAUCCUCAAAAUCAUGCACUAAAUGUCCAAAUAUUAACAAAUUAAUAAAUAUAUUAUUCUAUGAUGAU